AUGAUUCAAGACACUUGCAGAACGUUUGGAAGUGGUGCUGUCCAGCCAUUUAAAGAUUCAGCUUUUUAUGUGCGGUCCAAUUGCCCGUUUACUCUCACCCACUUCACCCACAACCGAGUUGAAUGUGACAUCACAACACGUCGAGGGAACAGCGGGCUGCUGGUCCAAGUGGAGAUCAUCAUCAACAAAGUCAGGACUGUUCUGCAGAAUGGAAGUAUACUGGUGGAGGACAAAAGUGUUUCCUUUCCAUAUGAUCCCACCUACCAGCAUAUUUUUCAGUACGGCAUCUACACUAAACUGAGGAGCACGUUGCUGCCUCUCUCAGUCACUUGGCACAGUGUAGCUGGAGGAAUAGACACUCUCAAGGUUGAGCUGGAGCAGGAGCUGAGCACUGACAUGACUGGACUGUGUGGAAAAUACAACGUAUGUGAGCAAUUCUUCUCCUACACUUUGGGCUGUCUGCAAUCUAGCUGGUUUCAUUACUUCCAGCUGUGUCACAAGAACAUUUACGGAUAUGAAAACAGCAAACACAUCGGCUGUGCUUUCUUUAAAGAGAUUGCUCUGCACUGUGGAAAAAGCAGUAAUGUGUGGGAAAAAUGGAGAUCUGUGACCCAGUGUGCUCAACCAACUUGUCCAGGAGCUCUGCUUUAUGAAGAAGAGGGUGCUGCAUUUGUUCCUACCUGCUCCAACCCAAACCCCCAUUUUUCCAGCCCGGAUAUCACCAGUUCCUGCGUCUGCCCAGAGGGCAAAGUGCUUAAUGAUCACUUGGAUGGCUUCCACUGUGUGAAUGUGUCGAACUGCACCUGUGUGUUCGCUGGCAGGACCUAUUUACCUGGACAGAAACGUAGCACCAAGUGUCAGUCAUGUUUGUGUGAAGGUGGGAAGUGGCGUUGCUCUGAAAACUGCCCAAUUAAAUGUCAGAUUGAAGGUCGGUUUGUGUCAACAUUUGAUGAAAUAUUUGCUGAUGAAAAGUGCUCUGUGCUGGUCAGCUUGACUGCCAUAUUUGCUAAGUGCCAUGGCCAUUUGCCACCGGAUCAACACUACACAGCCUGUAUUCAAAGAACCUGUAAUUGUGGCAGCAAUGUGCAGAGGUGCUUGUGCAUUGCAUUAGCCAGCUACGCCAAAGCUUGUGCAAGUCUUGGGGUUUUAAUCGGUGACUGGAGGAAAGCUGCCAACUGCACUCCGACUUGUCCAAAGAACCAAGAGUUCUUCUACAACAUCCGAGCUUGUAACACUACAUGCCGCUCCAUUACUGAGUCUGACCCUCGAUGUGGAGUGGAUGAUGCUUCUGUGGAGGGCUGUGGCUGCCCAGAAGGAACAUACCUGAACCAAGGAAACACCUGCACUCCAAAGGCAGACUGUGAAUGCCACCAUCUUGGUGGUGUAAGUCCACCAGGGCCGGUUGUUAUCGAUGGACAUCAUUGCCUGUGUGAAAAUGGAGAACUGACAUGUUCCACGGAUUGUGGAUGCAGGAAUGGGAAGGUUUGCGUGCACUGCUCAGAGCACCUGAUUCAGACAGCUCAGAAAACAUGUGCGAGUCUCAGCAAACCACUGGUAACCAUCAUGACUUGUGAGAGUGGCUGUUAUUGCCCACAUGAUCAAUAUGAAGAUCACCAUGGAAACUGUGUAUCAAGGGACAACUGCACCUGUGUGUACAGUGGCAAAGUCUUCAGGGCAGGAGAGACUGUUAAAACCAACUGUAAAAACUGUGUCUGUGGUCAGGGUCAGUGGGACUGCACAGAUGAACCGUGUCCUGGGACAUGUCAAGUCUAUGGAAAUGGACAUUAUCAGACCUUUGACUCUAAAUGGUAUCGAUUUAGUGGACACUGCCAGUAUACACUUGUAGAGGAUUACUGUGGAAAUACAAAGGGCACAUUUUCUGUCAGAGUGGAGAGCGUACCCUGCUGUGAAAAGGUGCUCCCCUGCUCUCGCUCCAUUGUCCUGGUCCUGCAGGGCAAGGUCACCGUGACUCUGAGUGACAUGAAGGUGACCAAAAACCUACAACAAGACUCUACAAUUGCGGAAAACUCACUUUAUAGUAUCGACACUGUGGGACUCUAUAUCAUAGUGUCAGUGCCGAGCAGCGGGAUCACUCUCAUCUGGGACAAACACACACGGCUCACCAUAAAGCUGCAUGAAAACUGGAGGAGCAAAGUUUGCGGCCUGUGUGGGAAUUUUGACUCCAAUGAGAUGAACGACCUGCAGAUAAGUGGCUCAGCAGUGGCGUCCAGUCCGAUGGCCUUUGGCAACAGCUGGAAGGCAACCACUCCUCCUUGUUCUGAUGUAACUGCUGAUAUAUUUCCCUGUGAUCACAACUCCUACUGCUCAGCCUGGGCCCAGCGGCACUGUAUGAUUAUUAAAGGAGACACUUUCAAAGACUGUCACUUGAAAGUGGACCCAAAUCCUUACUAUCAGGCUUGCUUGCUCGAGUCCUGCUCCUGUGAGUUUGAAGGGAAGUUCCUGGGCUACUGCACAGCUGUGGCAGCUUGUGCAGAGGCCUGCAGUGACCAGGAUGUCUGUGUAAAGUGGAGAACACCUGACCUAUGUCUGUUUCACUUCCAUACAACCACACCUAUCAGCAUAUUUUCCAAUGCCAUACCCAGUUUGAAAAGCUCAGCUGGUUCCUCUGAUGAUAUUUUGGAAUUUAACAAGGUUCCAAGUAGAGCUUCAACAUGCAAUAAGAAGAAAUGUCAAUGUGACUUGUACGGACAGAGCCAAUAUAUUUCUUUCCAAGGAGUCACUUUUAAUUUCCUGAAUCAAUGCACCUACAUCUUGGUGGAGGAACGCUCACCACGUCAUAAUCUGACCAUUGCAGUAGACAACUUUAAUUGUGUACCUGGCCUCCAAGAGUCUUGUGCUAAAGACAUCAUCCUGAGAUAUCAGAGCAAUGUAGCUAAACUCAGUAUUGUCCCGCAUUUGUCUGAAGUACAGGCCACUCUGAACAAUGUGAUCAUACAACCACCAUAUGAAGAGCAUGGGUUGAGAUUUCAGAGUCUCAAACACAAAGUUAUCAUCCAGCUCCCGGAUAUCCGCUCUUAUGUUUCCCUCACCCCAUAUUACAACCUACUGAUCAGUCUGGCUAUGGAAAAUUUCUACAACAACACUGAGGGACAAUGUGGUGUGUGUGGUGGAGCAUCGUGUGUUCGUAAAAGAGGGCAGAUUGAGGAUGACAGCUGUUGUGAUAAGACAGCCUACGACUGGGUGUAUCCAGAUCCUCAGAAGCCAGCCUGUUUUUCUGCACCAAAGAAUGUAUCCUGUCAUGCUGAGCAAGCUUCACUACUCACUAAAAUAAUUGCUACCUGUCUUCCAAGUCCACUGUGUGAGCUUCUAGACAACAUAAUUGUAAGUUUGAUUCGUGCUCUAACCCAAAUGCUUCUUGCUGCUCUGGAGCAAGCUGCAGAGGAGUGUAGAAAUGCUGGUUUCUGUGUUGACUGGAGAAAACUAACCAAUGGAACCUGUGAUGUGGCAUGUCCAGGCGGACUGGUUUAUAGAGAAUGUUAUGACAAGAUGGAUGACUUCUGCUAUGCAGGACUACGCUAUCCAGGAGACUCACUUAAAAAGAACACAGCAGGUUGUUUCUGUCCCAGUAACUUGCUCAGAGCAGGAACUCACUCAAACAUCUGUGUGGCUGACUGUUCCUUUUGCAAAGGGCCAACCGGAGAGCCUAAACUACCCGGUGAAGUGUGGCAGUCCAAUUGUUACCUUUGUACACGUAACAACCAGACGCAUACUGAGGAGUGUUUUCCUAAACCUCCUGAACCCGCUCCUGUCUGUGGUCCCAGUGCUGUUUUGGUAAACAGAACUUGCUGUGGUGAUCAGAUUUGUGUCGAGAAGACAUGCAGCUAUAAUGAGCAGACAUACAAGGCAGGGGACAAAUGGACAGAUCCUGCCCAUCCCUGCAAGUCAUUUAGCUGCAGCAAAGAGGGGAUUCAGACUGAGACUAAAGUCUGUCCCAAAGAAAGCUGCCCCGAGGAGGACAGAAUUUGGGAUGACCAACACUGCUGUUAUACAUGUAAAAAGGGCUGUGCUCCCAGGGUGUCCAGCUUCAACAUCACCAUAGAAAACUGCUCCACUGUCAUACAGAUACCUGCAUGCCAGGGACAAUGUUCGUCUCAACUGAGGGUGCUGGUGUUAAAUGGUGACUUGAUGCCACAGCAGGAGCGCAAAUGCUGCGUGGAGCAGAGCUCAGAGAGGAGGUCGAUGACCCUGCACUGCUCAGACCUGACUACCAGACAAUAUGCUUACAAGCACAUCACCAGCUGUGUGUGUGAAUCUUGCAGCAGGAUCUGAAAUGUAGAGCUAGCAUAGCCAAGACGAAGCCAUUUGGAAUCAUUAGAUUAAAUAGAUUUCAAAUCAAAUUCAGCAGUAUUGGAUGUUUUUCUUCUUUACUUAAAGAAGGUACUGAAUCUGUUUUCUGUCAAAUAAAC